UGAAAAUGUGGCGAAAAGUUGAGUCCCCCGCAGACAUAAAUAAUCAUACUAAGACUAAUAGUAUCAAACGGGAAGGACCCAUAUAUGGUGGAAGAGAGAAUAAUCUUAAAGGCAAUCUCUUCAUGAAGACAGAAAGUAUAUAUACAACAAAAGCUAAGAAAAAGACCAAGACUAUUGACCCUAAAAAUGCGGAAAAAGAGCUAAAAUAAAGCAAAUGAAUUAGUAGUAGUAGACAUCACUGACCUUGAUAAGGAGAAUAUCCAUGUGAACAAGAUUGACAACUUAGAUGCUAGAGCUACUUUUAGCCAAAUAAAGAGGCCUGUCUUGUCUAUCCAAAGGAAGUACCUUAACAAAAUAGAGAAGGAAAUUAGCAUCAAAAGAUAUACAGAUUCAGGACAUAACCAAAGACGAGAUAAUAAUUUAUUAAAUAUUAGUCAAGAUCGAAGAAAGAAAAGUAUUAGCAAUACAGAAAACACAAAAAACCCGGCUAGUACAAAUAAAACUGCAGAUCUAUUUACACAGGCUAGAGAGGCACUCUCCAAUUUGCAGGUCACAAAUGUUAAGGAAACAAAAGCCUUGAAAGAAAAAGUUCCCAGAAUGCGUGAAGUAUUACCAAAGCAGAAGAGAACUGGAUUAUUGCGUAAAGGAACUCCAGCCACUCAUAAAAGAUUAUCACAAAACCUGAAGUCACCUCCAAAAUCGCCUAAAUCUAAAGUAGAAAUUCCUUUUUCCAAGAACAGAUAUUCUAAGGAACCUCAGAAGGAAGACCUUACUCUUGAAAAUAAGAAGAAAGCAAUUCAGUACUUAAAGACUCAGAAGGCAUCUAGGCAUGAAAAGAAGGAUCAAAAGAAGAUUCUUAUGGAUAAAUAGAAAGAAAUACACUGAACAAGUCAGGAGGCAAAAUAAAGAGAAACUCCAAAAGAAAAAGCUAAGAAACAGCAGUAUUGACGAUACUAAAGAAAGAAGAGGUAAACAACCCUCUGCACCUCGAUCAAAAUCAGAAGAUGUACGUACUAAGCCCUUUAAGGUUGUCAGGAAGCAUGCUAGGAAUAGACUUAGGCAAAUGCAUAGGUCUGAAGCAAAGCCAAAUGAAAAUUCUCAUAUUAACCAAAAAGAUACCAAUACUUUAUCAGUAGAAAGAGAUGAGAGGAAGAAUACUAUUGAGCAAAAAGUUGCUAAAUUCCCAGAAAUGCAGCCAAAUCUUCCUCCUAAAGGUGAUAAUAAAGUUCAGAUAAAUGUAGAUAUUGCAUCAAAAUUCAACCAAAGAGAGAUCAUUAAUCUUAACAUGGACCACUCUGCCCAGAUACAUUUAACUGAGGAGGAAGAGACUAAAUACAUGAAAACUCCUGAGUUAAAUCUGAAGGAGAAAUAUUCUCACAAGAACAUCUCAGAAAACAAAAUUAGCGGAAAAUCUACUGAGAAAGACCUAAAGACAACAAAAAUAUUACAUUCUUCGCACAAAAAGAAGAGCCUGAAAGUUUCCAAAGAAGUAGUUGAGUGAAAGAGGAAUCUCAUAAAGCUCCAAAAGAAGAGCGAAUACCUUAAGAGGAAAAAGAUUGACCAAGAAACCCAACAAAAAGAGUUAGAGAGAAGGAAACAAAAUAUUGCCUCUCUCAACACAAUGCUUAAGAAGAGAAACCAAAGCUUCAGGAGGAAGAAGAGGAAGCAAGAGAAACUAAUGAAGAAGGAUGCUAUCAACUUUGAUAAACCUCCAGGCGCCAGCUUUAGUAAGAAGGUGAAAAGGAAGAAGAUUAAAGUGAAGAAUAUAAAAAGAAACCAAACAUUCACUAAUUUAUCAAACAAAAGUCCUGGAGACACUAUGAACACUACUAAGAAUCAUCCAUCAUCGAAUAAGAAGAAAUUUACUGUCUCUGUAAGGAAAAAGUUGACAUACAAGAAGAUGAAUGAGAGUCUGAAGACAAAUACUUCAUCAAGAAAGCUCAGGUCAGACAAUAAGCUUGGCGCUAAAAGUGUAAAUACUUCUCAGUAUUUUUAUCCUAACCGAGGAAAUAUAAAUGCUCAUAAGAAAAUGAAGGCGAUCAAAUCUGAAUCUAAGAAGUACGUUCCUGGCAAAGGCACUCAUUUUAAUGAUAUCUCAGAGAUAAAAGAGUUUAACAUGACUGAUGAGGAAGAGUCUCUAAUCAAUUCUUCCAUCCUCAAAAAUAUCGAAGAGCAUGAGUCACUCAGACAGACUGAAAAGCUUGGGAAGGAAUCCCUCAAGAAGCAAAAAAUGGCAGCUAAAAAGACUAUUCAAUCUACUAAAAAGAAGCACAAAAAGCCUGCUAAGAAGAAAAUGAAAUUUAUUAGUUCAUCUAAAAAGGCUCCUAAGAGGGCGAAUAAGUUUGUUGACAAGGAGAAGACAGAUAAAUCUCUGAAGAAAAGAAAGGUCAUCUUCCACUCUAGUAAGCUCAAAGAAGUGUCUCCGAUUGAAAGAAUCACAAGAGGCUCUCAAUACCUUGAAGAGUCCAUGGAUCCAAGGAACGAUUAUAAGAAUAUAGAGUCGUCUGGUGAAAGAUUUGGACAGAUUAAAAAGGUAGAGCUAUCCAUUCCUUCGAUACUCAAUGGAAGCCAAUCUGAUGAACUUCCUUGCCUCAAGGAUUGUCAAGAAGACAGUGAAAUUAGAGGCUAUGCUGUUAACGAAGGAUGCAAGAAAGUUGAGAAUAUAGACUCAGAGGAAUUUCUGGGGUUGCUUUCGUCAAAUAUAAAACAAGAAGAAAUUAAAAGCUCUAGUAAUAGAAUUACCGAUCCUAAAAAUCUGCAACAUAUAGAUUUCACUGAUAAAGAGAACCUUCAUCUUAGUGGAUAUCACUCUCCCGGAGUUGAUUCCCCAAGCAAGAAUUCUUCAAUCCAUGAAAUGGAAGAAUCUCAUUCAGUUGUUCAUUGGAAUAUAGAUUCAGUAAAAGACAAUCUCAAAGACUUAUUAAAAACCCAAAAGGAAAGGAACGGCUUAAUUCUUGGUUCUAACCUCCAAUCUGAAAAUCAGACAGUGAUUAACUGAACUCAAAGCAACCAAGAGAGUGCUAGUGAACAUCAAGAAGAACUUCAGCAUGACCAAAAUAAUACUGUUGAUAAAUCUUCACCUGAGUCUUCUCCCAUUCCUCAAGAUUUCACUUCAGUCAGAGAAGUCGAGCAAGAAAGUCCAGAUGAGUCAGCUGAAGAACACCAUAACCAAAAAGUAUUCGAGUAUCUUCACCAGCAGAGUGACCAAGAUCUUGCCGAGCCAGGCAUAACAUCUAAAAAUAAGGCAGAAAGUAGUUCGAGCAAACAGCUAGAUGCCAACUUACCUAACUCAGAUCAUCAUUCAAGCUCAAACAGAGAUUUAUCAGAACCUGACAUGGACGAGGAAGAGAUUGAGAAGUUCCUCAAUGAACCUCCAGCCCAUGAUAAAUCUGAAGGAUUUGAUAACACACUCACAAAUAUGAGACUGGCUUUUGGCUCAGAAAAACACAUUCGAGAAAACAGUGUCAAAACUCUUGAGAAAAUAGGUCAGAUUCAUAUUGAAGAAGAAAGUGGAGAAAAGACAGAUGAAAAAUCAAACGUAUUUGAAAAGAAUAGUUUCCAAGAAUACUCUCUUAAAAAGUUUACAGAGCUUAUGAACGUCAAAAAUAUGAAGAAUUUUCAGACUACUAUACAAAAAACCUUCAGAGAGUAUAACAAAAAUAACUUCUUUACCAACAGUGAUAAAAAGGCAAGCAAACUAAGCUCCACUCCUAAAAAAUCAAGUUGUAUCUCUCCAAGGAAGUUCACCAUGAAAGAUCUCGAACUUGAUAGAAUCGGGUAUGAAAAGAUGAAGGAAAACUCAGAAAAGAAGACCAAGUUCAUUCAGAACAUGCUUGGAUCCUGUUCUAGCCAGAACAAGCAAAGCACCUCUUCUAUUCUAUACAAGACUAAUCUGAGUGCUGAGAAAUGAAGAAGAGAGAUCAAUAUGGAAGAUCUCUCUGACGACCAAUCUUCUAAGAAUAUGCAGUACAAAACCUCAAGUCCCCAUAAGACUUAUCAGUUACUAAAUAAUAAGGCAGAGAAGGAAGAAGUAGUAAUCAACCCUCAAAAUCUUGACAUAUAUGAGUCACCUAAAAAGUCUGCACAAGGUAUAUUCACUUCAUGAAAGAAACAUUUUGAAAGUAUUGACCAAACAAGCCAAGACCAGUAUGAAGUUGAGACUCCUUCCGAAGACGAUAAUAUUGAAACGGUGAAGCAUGAUUCUUCCAGACUUAGAUCUCAGAAGAGAGGUCUUCCAAUGGAAAAUUCUGCUACAAGUAAAGAAGAAACUCCCAAAUGAGCAUUCACAGGAAGAAUAAUCCGUACAGACGAGAACUGUAACACAGUCGAGAAGUAUAUCGUAGGAGAUUGCUUUACUGAUGAAAAGAACUAUGAAAAGAGGCUUAGAAACGCAGUAACUUCAGCUAAGAAGAUCAACCCAAUUCAGAUACUCAGAGAGGUAAAAUCUCCAGACUCGUCAUAUAUCUCAUCUACUAAGAAUGCCCUAGCUGAAGAGUAUUUGAAUGAAAAUGAUAGGAUUAAUUUUGAAAUUAGUGAGCAAAAAUAUCACGCUGUUCAAGGGUUAAAUGACAAAGAAAAUAUUGGUAAUAACCACAAUAUUAAUAUCCAAAAAUUUGAUUACCCUGGUUGACUUAAAAGCAGCCUUUUUCAGAACAAACUUCAAGACUUAGAGCAAGAUUAUAAUGCCCUUGAAUCUCCGGAAGAAUCAAACCACAAACAUUCAAAAUCCAGAUCCAGAACAAAAGAGAAGAGCAGGAGUGGCUGUGGUUCUGAACAAAUUGAUGAGAUCUUGGAAGUUGACAGAGAAGAUGACAAAACUUGCAUGAUGAUCGACUUUAACUCUUCUCCAGAGCCCACUAAGCGAGUAAUCCCUGAGCUUGAAGAAGAGACUACCCAGAGCAUUGAAUGGAUCAUUGCGAAUAAUAUCAAUGCUCAGAAAAGAGAUGAAAUCUGAAAACUAGUUGAUGGCGAAUCCAGGAAUAUCUCACCUCAUACUAAACUGCCUCAAUCAGAAAGUGAAUCUAAAGGAGAUAUUGAAGUUGAAGAGGUUCCAAGAGUCAAGUUUGGAAAUCCGUUGAUUGAUAAUAAUAUUCUUGAAGGAAAAAAGGACGACCAUGAAGAAUCUAACCUGGCCCAAUACGUUGAUUGAAUCGAGUCAGUCGAAUCCUCUGCCAAUAAGUCAGCAAAAGAGUAUGCUGAGAAAGAACUUAUGAAGAACCCAGAAGAAACUUCAGAGCAUAUGACUGAUGAAAUACUCUCUAUGAUGUUAUUUAAUGAUAUUCAUGAUUGUCCUAUGCAUCCAAUUAGAGAGAACAACUUUGUUGAUUAUUUCAAGGAUAAAUAUCCAUUCAAUAGAGAUCUAGGAAUUGAUACAACAGAAGUUGGGACAAAUAAGUACAUUGAUCAAUUAUGUGACUACCUUGAGAAAUACCAUCUUGAUCUAGUCUACAACCAACUUCUAAAGCCAGUCUAUGUAGAUCCUCUUGAAGAACUAAAGAAGCUGCAAGCUCUUGAUGAUUUCUACAAUGAUGAGGUGCCUGAGAGUGAUAAGAAUUCUCAAGCCAAUCUCUCUAAUAAGGUGGAAGAGCCUGAUACUGGCCUUGUCCUUCCUCAACAGCUCUUCUAUGAAUUUGAAGAAGUCAGGAAGCAGGACCUUUACAAAAAUAUUGAAAAAUGAGCCAAUCCUGAGUACAAGGAAAAUGAAAUCGAAGACAAAGUUAGAUACACUUUUAUUCAUGACAAAGUUGUUUUUGACGCUUUUAAUAAUGCCCUUAGUCACUAUGGCGAGAGAAGUGAGACACCAAGACCUUGGAUUAAACAAAAAGCUUCAUUCGAGAGAUAUUAUAAUGUCGAUGAGAUCCUAAACCUUUUUGAGAAGUCUAAGAAGAAGGUUAGUAAUUGCAUCUCUGUAUGAGCAGGAACUAGGAAAAUUCCUCCUCCUUCAGUAUUAGAUACUUACAGCCAGAUGAAUGAUGACUUUGGAGAUACUCUUGAUGCUAACCAGCUUUCUGACGAAGAGCGAUUACAACAGUUGAGAGAAGAAAGACUUAGUUUAAUGCUGAGAGAGAUACAAGAUGAAGACUAUAAAUGGAACAAAUUCGAAGCCUGAGAAAUCCAAAUAAAGCUCGAUCUAGCAGACAUGGUGUUAGAAACCCUUGUCUGAGAAGUAAUCGAGAUUUUGAAUAAAUAA